AAAUAAGUAACUUUAUUUUGUCUGUAAGCAAGGUGGUGCGGAGAUCCCGUUGCGGCCUUCUUCAUCUUCACCAUAAUUAGGAGAAAGCAAAACAAAGAAGCAGAAGGAGAUAUGGCGUUUGAGAAGAUAAGGGUGAUCAGUCCCAUCGUCGAAAUGGAUGGAGAUGAAAUGACUCGGGUUAUUUGGAAAUCUAUAAAGGAUAAGCUUAUACUCCCCUUCUUGGAGUUGGAUAUUAAGUAUUUUGAUCUUGGCCUUCCAAAUCGUGAUGCCACUGAUGACAGAGUUACUGUAGAAAGUGCUGAAGCUACUCUUAAGUAUAAUGUAGCCAUUAAGUGUGCAACUAUAACUCCAGAUGAAGCUCGUGUUAAGGAAUUCAACUUGAAAAGAAUGUGGAAGAGCCCCAAUGGGACGAUUCGAAACAUUUUGAAUGGCACAGUUUUCAGAGAACCAAUUAUCUGCAGAAACAUCCCCCGACUUGUCCCAAGUUGGACGAGGCCAAUAUGCAUCGGAAGGCAUGCUUUUGGUGAUCAGUACCGAGCAACUGAUUUAGUUAUAAAGGGAUCUGGGAAACUGAAACUGGUGUUUGAACCUGACACAAAUGGGGAGAAGAAAGAAUUUGAGGUUUUCAACUUUACUGGGGCUGGAGGCGUUGCUUUGUCCAUGUACAAUACUGACGAGUCGAUUCGUGCUUUUGCUGAGGCUUCAAUGAACACUGCUUACCAGAAAAGGUGGCCACUUUAUCUGAGUACAAAAAAUACAAUUCUGAAAAAGUAUGACGGAAGAUUCAAGGACAUAUUCCAGGAGGUUUAUGAUACUCAAUGGAAAUCCAAGUUUCAGGCUGAAGGUAUAUGGUAUGAGCACCGUCUUAUUGAUGAUAUGGUUGCUUAUGCUCUAAAAAGUGAAGGAGGUUAUGUGUGGGCAUGUAAAAAUUAUGACGGAGAUGUGCAGAGUGAUUUCUUAGCCCAAGGAUUUGGCUCUCUUGGACUGAUGACAUCUAUACUGGUCUGCCCAGAUGGGAAGACAAUUGAAGCUGAAGCAGCUCAUGGGACAGUUACUCGCCAUUAUCGGGUUCAUCAGAAAGGUGGUGAAACUAGUACUAAUAGCAUAGCAUCAAUCUUUGCUUGGUCACGAGGCCUCGCACACAGAGCAAAGUUGGACGCAAAUGCCAGGCUGUUAGACUUUACCGAGAAACUAGAAGCAGCCUGUAUCGGAACAGUUGAAUCAGGAAAGAUGACUAAAGAUCUUGCUCUCCUUAUUUAUGGGCCAAAGGUUGGUAGAAGUCAGUAUUUGAACACACAAGAGUUUAUUGAUGCCGUAGCGGAGGAGCUGAGAGCAAGAUUGUCUAUGAAAGCGAAGUUGUAGACUGUCGGAUUCAUACUUGAAAAUAAUAAGUCGAUAAUAAAAUAAAAUGGUGAAUCGAUAUGGAGAAUGUAGAAUAAACUGAAUAGACAAUCAACCUGAAAAUGUUGUGGGUGAUAAAAUAAGAGAAUGCACCACAUUGGGUUUUUUUUUUUUUUUUUUUUUUUUUUUUUUGGGUAAUUAAUUCUAUUCGUCUUUGGAUGCUUCUUACCAUUCAUUCUUGAUGGGGUUUUGCACUCGUGCCACCGCAAUGAAAUUACUCCCAACCAUGCAACUGAAUUGAAAGACAGUUGGAAAAGUAGCUACCAGGAAUGAGCUAUGCAGUGGACAAGCAAUUGUUCUG